AUGGCUACUCGACGUCUCGCCACCUGGUCGCACAACCUCCAGUAUUCGGACCUUCCGGAAGAUGUAGUCAGUGCAGCUAUUCGAAGCUUCUACAACUGGGUUGGCUGCACCAUAGCAGGGAGUCAGCAUGAAGCUUCAAAGAUCGCCCAUCAAACAUUGUCUCCCUUCUUCGGCCCACCUACCGCGUCGCUACUCGGACACCAUGGAGCUUCUCGUUUGGAUGCUCAACAUGCGGCGUUGAUCAAUGGUAUAGCAUCACACGUCCAUGAUUAUGACGAUACGCAUCUCGAUACCAUCAUCCAUCCGACAGGACCUGUUGCCAGCGCUCUUCUUGCUGCUGCCGAGUGGAGAGGUGGUAUCUCAGGGAAGCAGUUCAUCACAGCUCUCGUGGCUGGUAUAGAAGCUGAGUGUAAGGCUGGGCUGGUUGUAUGGCCAGAACACUACGACGUUGGCUGGCAUAUUACCUCCACCGUCGGUUCAAUUGGAGCAGCAGUUGCGGUAUCAAAGGUCCUAAGGCUAUCUCCAACAAAGACCAACCAUGCAAUUGGUCUUGCAUCAACUCAAGUGACCGGUCUCCGAGAAAUGUUCGGUUCACAUUGCAAAUCAUUCCACGUCGGCCGUGCAGCUCAAAACGGACUACUAGCUUCUAUCAUGGCUGAAGGAGGCUACACUAGCAGUGAGGGCGCACUGGAAGCGAAACGUGGCUGGGCUGCUGUCGUGGGGACCAGCAAGCCAGACGUGCUCCAGAACUUGAACCGUUGGCUUGGUACUGAGAUUGAUGAUGGCUUAGCUAGUCGGAAUACCGGCCGCUGGGAGAUUCUCGGGAAUAGCUUCAAGCCUUUCCCGUGCGGGAUUGUCAUCCACCCUGUCAUCGACGCUUGCAUACAACUACACGCGGAACUGACGAGAAAGGAACACGAUCCAACGCAGAUCAAGUCUGUCGCGGCACAAGUCCACCCUCUUGUCCUUGAACUUACUGGGAAGAAGACUCCAAAAGAUGGUUUAGAGGCAAAGUUCAGCGUAUACCAUAGUGGUGCAUGCGGUCUCCUCCUCGGCAAAGCUACACCGUCAGAGUACGAAGACAAUAUUGUACUCGACCCCGCCGUCAUUGCUAUUCGCGAUCGCAUCACAGCGAACAUCGAUACGAGCAUCGCAGCAGAUGCGGCCAAGGUCACUGUUGUGAUGCAAAGCGGGGAGGUCUUUGCAAAGUACGUCGAGCAUGCUGUUGGCAGUCGCGUAAAUCCUCUUAGCGACGAGAAGCUGCGUGAGAAGUUCAUAGGUGGAUGCAAGAACGUUUCGACUCGCGAUAUUGAAGCAGUGAGCCAACGAUGCUGGGGUUUGGAGUAUUUGGAUGAUAUACGGGAGCUUGUGAAGUAUUUGUAG